AUGCGUUUCUCACUCGCUGCCAUCAUCUUCGUCGCCAGCACCACCCUGGCUGCUCCCUCAGCCAUUCAGCAACGCUCUCUCAUCACAGAAGUGGGAAACCUAGUCCUCGGUCUCGGGGACGGUCUCGGUGUCACAGCCCUCGAAGGUGAACUCGACAAGCUCCUUGGUGGUACCCUAACCAAGCUCGAGGAUGCUCUUGGGGUCAGUUUUGCCGAGAAACUGCUCGGUCUCUCUCACAGCGGUGCUGGUCCGGGCGUCGUCCAGGCUGUGGGUGAGGGUGUCGCGAUGAUCCUCGAGGGAGUGGGUGUGCCUCAGGUGGACGCUUUUCUCGACGGCGCGACCGGCGGUGCGAUUUCUUCGUUGGAAGAGGCUCUUGGUGUGCCAGAUAUUGAAAAGGCGCUUGGUUUGGAGAAGGGGUUUUAA